CAAUGAGUCCUGAACAAGGGAUGGGGAACUUCCUGAAGGAGGAAAGGCUUCAGCUGGGUUUUUCACAAUGGGACUCAGGAUCUUGGAGCUGUUUGGAAGUAAUGGACCUAUUAUGCUUCUCUGAGUUCCUAAAAAGCAGACCUGGAGUUGAGGAUUUCUGGUGGUUAGUUUGGCAGAGAGCCAGGAAUGGUCAAGCCUGCAGCUGCUCUGCUCAGGGCCUCUGCUUUCACUCCGAGUGGGAAGAAGCAUAGGAGGGAGAAUGAGGCUUCAGUUACAGCACUGAACUUCACCCUCAGUGGACAUUGUUUGGUUGUGUGAUGCUAAUAACAGGCAGAGUAAAGUCCCUUGGCCAGAGUUGGAGGUUCUCAUUUUACCUCAUAGCCACUUGCAGGGCAGGAGCCACCAAGCAUUGUUGCAUUUCAGUGACCCCUAAGGUUCCUGAGUUCCUGCCCGCUCACUAGCCAGUCAUCUUUUCUCUAACUUGGGUGCAGGAAUGGGCCAUCACUCUUCCUGCAGGUGUUUGUUCUUGGUGUCUGAGGGCUCACCUGAGGAUGCCCAGUCCUUAGGUAUCUCCAGUCUGUCCUGUCACUAGGUGAUCACACCUUUGCUAACAUCAUGAUGGAUGGACUGUACUCUGCUGAAGUUUUGGAGAAAUUUUCAUCAUUACCUAUGUGACUUAUUUUUGGUCUGACAGGACACUCAUAAUCUCCCACCACUCACCCACAGUGUAACAUCCCUGUUCAUCUUUCCUGAUAUCUUCAUUCACUUCAUGGAACUUAUCUUCCUCCCCCAUCAUCCUGAGCUGAUUUCUUAGUAUCCUUUACUUCUCAUCUUAUUGAUUAGAGAUCUUAAGGAAGGGACGAGCCCAUUCCUGGAGAGUGUUUGGAAAGUGAGUCUUCAACUCCACAGGUUGACCUAGUGAAAAGUUUCUAAUGAAUCAGAGAUCUCUUGAUGCUGAAGGUGCUGAAGGCCUUCCCCUGUGUCUCAAGGAAGGCUACUGGAAAGGGAAGCUUGGCUUUUAGUGAAUUGAGGAAGAGAUAGUUAUCAAAUAAGUGAUGACAGUUGGCAGUGACUCUAACAGUUCCUCCUCUGAACAUUCUAUUGUCUCCUGGAGAGCCCUUGACAAGAUCUGUGAAUUCACCAUGGUUGUGGUAAUACCAUCUGUCCUUGAGGCAUACAUUAAGUGCUUAUAGGGCUCACCAGAAGACAUGUUGGCAAGAUUGAACACACUGAUUGGCAGAGAGAUCUGGCUUUCUAAGGAGGAAGUGAGGCUUGAGGUGGACCUUCCAAAAAUAGGGUUCAGUAGCUGGGGUCUUAAAAAGAGAUAGGUCUAUGCUGCUUCUCUGGAUUCCUGAAAGGGUAGACUCAGAGUCAAGGAUUCCUGAUGGUUAGUUGGCAGAGAGCCAGGAGUUGUCAAGGCUGCAGCUGCUGUUCUGGGAGUUCCUUAAUUUCAUUUUGAGUGGUAAAGAAGGCCAGCAGGAGUCACAGACUAAGGAGGUGUCAGGGUAGGGUGUUCCUACAGUUCAUUGUCAGUGGAUUCCUUUAGGUUCCAUGGGUAUCUGAUGUGAGUACCAAGGAGGGAAACUCCCUAUCCAUGCACCAAGGUCUUAGACAUUCAGUUACUUUUAGUCCUGGACACAGGUGAAAAGGGAUUGGUGGUGCUAAGCACUAGGGACUUCAGGACUUUCCUGUCUCACGUCAGAUAUGAGCUGAUAUUUCCAGAGCUGCAUGGCUGGGUAACAUAUGCCUUCCAGGGACAGUGGAGCUGCAGUAGGGGCUGGUGCACAUAUCUAGCCAAAGUGACUGGGGACAGAGACAUGGCUUAUGAGUCCCAACUUGAGGACAGCUGUCCUGCUCUUUGGGUCUUCACUGGGUUCCAUGCAUUCCCUCUUUCUCAGGCCUCUUCUUGGGACUCAACAUGAUCUCUCCUGGCCCUGUGCCAUACAGCCGUACAAAUUCACUUAUGUUCAUCUUUAUACAGGGACUACUGGAAAGGCAUCAACUCCAACCUCCCUCACUGAGCAAGAACAGCAGAUGAACAAGGUGGAUAGACUGACCCGUCAGCUACAGAUGAUGACCAAUGAAAGGAAUGAACUCUCUAUAAUGCUGGCCAAUUUCACCAACAAUGAUUUGAACAACAGGCUCAAUUUCGAGCUGGAGAUGCUGAAUAUGGAACAUAAAAAAGUGAUGGUGGACCUGGAGAAAUUCCCUAAUGAGAUAAGUGAGGCCUUGAACAAGUGCAAGGAGUUGACCGAGGAAACUGUCUCCUGCAGCAUCCUUCACAGCCAGCUCCUGAGUGAGUGGACUCAUCUGAAGGAAAAAGUGAGCAUCUUGAGAGAGGAGAACCGAAAGCUGAGGGGGGAGCAGAUUUCACUACAAGAGUCCUGUGAGGAGAUGAGGAGGCUCUGUGGGGAGGCCCAUGAGAAGAUCUAUGACCUCUGGGCCAAGGAAAAGCAGCACCACUUAAGAGAACUCCACUCUAGCAUCAACACCUCCUCAACAAAAGACAUCUUGUAGCUGUGAACUAACCAGUGAGGAAAAUCCCAACCUACAAGCAGGGGAUCCAUGUGUCUGUUGGUGCAUUAUUCCAGGAGAAGAUAAAUCAUCAGAAAGAAGCUUGAGCGACAGAGGACCUGCCAAGAUUACUCAGAACCCAGCCAUCUAUUAACAAGUGGUCCUCAAACGGGGCACAGCAGCAUGGGGAGGGUAUGUUGGUGAGCCAGUUACUCUGUCCGUGUACUCUCC